UCGAUGCUGAUUCAACACGCCGAAAGUUUAGAAUGGAUAACAGCUGACCUUCUACGAACGGAAAAUAAAGUGAGAGAACUAAAAUCCUUAGAAAGAUCAAUUUCAGAAGGAUACGACUAUCGCGAAAAAUUCUAUCUGGACCGAUUGACUGAAUACGAACAAAUUUUAAAACUACAAACGAGUAUGAUAGAUGAUCUUUCAGAAUUAGAACAGCGCAAUAUUGAGGCCUCUUAUUUCCAUCAAUGUCGUGACAACUGUAAGGGUAGUACGAAAUCAUCGUCAAACAAUAGUACACAUAAUGGCAGUUAUUUUCCUUCUACAAAUUUUGAAGAUAAGCAGCAACUGUCAUCUAUGAAUGACAUUGCGCAUAAAAUUCGUUGGAAAACAGCCAAAUGGAUUGGGGGAAGUGUGAGUACAUGUCAGGUUGUUUACUCCUUCAACAGACCUAGAGAUGUACCUGAGUUUAUCAUUGCAGGAUCAGUAUAUAUUACUCCGCCAACAACCUUAUCAAACUCUUUACAACGAUAUCAUUAUUUACUUCAUAUAAAUGCUCACGAUCAAAAUACUCUAUUUCGAUUAUUACCCAAACGUUACUGGAUACCGGAUGCUGAUUCACUGACUUGCCAAUUUCAAUCAUGUACUACUUCAUUCAGCUUUUUCCAAAGACGGCACCAUUGUAGAAGAUGUGGCAUACUAGUUUGCCAGGAGCAUAGUUUAAAUCGACUACCACUAUUCAGUCCUCAAGAGCAGCAUCAUUUAUCAUGGUAUAGAGUUUGUGAUACCUGCUUCUUUGAUCUCAUUAUUGCUCGUAGU